CUGCUUAGAAGAGUCCUUAUAUAUCCACAACAUCCGCGACAUGAAGGUUCUCCACACCAUCCGUGACACCCCGCCGAACCCCAUGGGUCUGUGCGCUCUUUCCAUUAGUAAUGACAACUGUUACUUAGCCUACCCUGGCUCCAACUCCAUCGGCCAGGUCCAGAUCUUCGAUGCUCAAAAUCUGCAAGCAAAAACAAUGAUUCCUGCUCACGAUAGCCCUCUUGCUGCCAUUGCCUUUAAUGCCACUGGUACUAAGGUUGCCACAGCUUCAGAGAAAGGCACGGUGAUACGUGUCUUCAAUGUGUCUGACGGAGCCCGGCUGCACGAGCUGCGGCGGGGCAUGAAGCGGUGCGCCACCAUCUUUUCCCUAGCCUUCUCACCCGAUGCACUCUUCCUCAUCGCCUCCUCCAAUACAGAGACAGUCCAUGUCUUCAAGCUCGAGGAGGUCAAGGAUACGCAACGAGUAGUGGUAGAGGAGCAGCCCGGACUAAUGGGCUGGAUGAGUAAAGCAGUGAGUGCGUCGGCCAGCUACUUACCAGCCCCUGUCACAGAUAUGCUGAGUCAGGGCCGUGCCUUUGCCACCAUUACACUUCCCUUCCAGGGAAUACGGAAUGUCUGUGCCAUAGCAACGAUUCAGAAACACCCUCGAGUAGUUGUCGCUUCAACAGAUGGUUAUUUGUACAUUUACAACCUGAAUACUACAGAGGGCGGUGACUGCACUUUAUUGAAACAACACAGGCUCGACGGAAGUGGCGAGGGGAGCAGCCCGGGAAGUGAGGGAGGCCCCGUGUUAGGACCCUACCCUGGAGGCGCCAAGAAGACAGAACCAGUGAGCACGACCGGAGGCAGCUAUGCAGGAGUGGUGAAGGGACCAUCUGCUGGAGUCAUGACAGGUAGUACAUCCGCGGACACUCUUCCCCCUCGCACGCAGGAACACAAGAGCAAUGCUAAGAGGACGUACAGUGUCUCCUAUGACGUUGAUUCAGACAAGAUGAGUGAAAUGGCGGCAGCGUGCGAAUCUCCCCCUAAGAGUGUCCUUAAGUUUGACGAUGAUUCGGAGUUCCCGCCUGUGUAACGGACGGAAGGCGCUUGGGGUCCAGGGGGAUUUCUCAUUCGUCUGGGAUUCUGUUUUUCUUGCUUCUCCUUUUUUUCUUAGUCUUUCAUUCUUCAUCUCUUGUCGUCGUUGUCAUUUCUCUCUCUCUCUCUCUCUCUCUCUCUCUCUCUCUCUCUCUCUCUCUCUCGUUUCAUAAUUCUUCCCCAUUUUUUU